CGGUACCGGCAAACUGAACGUUUCAAUGCACGCUGAGCGCUCGGGCGGCGCGCACUCGACAAAACAAGGACUGUUCAAAGUUGCUGCGUUUCCUCCCAUCAUCGGGACCGACGAAAAGAAACGUACGAAUCGCCAGGAAAAUCACGGGAAACCAGUGUGACGUUUUACGAUAAUUCGAAGAAGAUGGCCCGAUUCGUUCGUCCACGCGCGUGCUUCUUCCUGCUCCUAGCCAUCCACUUGGACCAACUCUUCCCUUCGAAACGAGGGUUGGCGAUGGUCGAGGCGAGAAUGGAAGCACAGUUUGAGAAAUGUUGCGGUCUUGGAACGUCGUGGGCGAUGGAAGGACUCGGAUGCGAAAAGUUCACGGGACCGGUGUCCGGGGUACCGACAGUGGAGCAAGGUCUUUGCUUGGAAGCCGUGGACAUUUGCUGCGUGAGAGCGUAUCACGAACGACAAUGCGAGAAAGGGAAAUCGGAUGCACGUGCUGGUUUAGCAUGCGUUACCGGCACUAAAACCAGACGCCUGGGACCAGGCGAUUAUCAUCGCGACUGUUGCGAAGGCUGUAAAUUGGGUAUCUUGACUGGAUCCAUGGGCCAAGAGUGCGCUUUUAAAAAGUUUACCUUCGGAAUCCCCUGGGAUCCGGCAUUUCUGCAGUGUUGUUACGAAGCGUCACCGACCACCACGACAACGUCAACUUCCGAUUCUACGAACGCAACUUUGUCGAGCGAAACUACCGAAACUUGGUCAUCUUCUUCUGCUACUUCUUCUUCUUCUUCUUCUUCGACGGACGCGACGCAAACAUCGUCCGAAUUCUCAAUUCCUACGCCUCCUAUAGAUGACAUCUGCCAACUCAUGAAACAUUUAUUGUGCUCCGACAUCUGCGUUCCCACGCCAGGAUCAUAUUAUUGUAAAUGUCGCCAAGGUUUCACUCUGCUGGAAGAUGGAAAAAGUUGUAGAGAAGAUCUACCGACCGACGACAGAUGCAAAACGAGCAACCCGUGCGAGCAGCGUUGCACGGACAAUGGAGUCGCGGUCACGUGUAGCUGCGAUCCCGAUUAUGUCUUGGCGAACGACAAACGUUCUUGCAUUCGUAAACCAUCGAAAACGAACAAGAGCACUCGACCGGGCGAAAACACCGAUCCACUUUGUCCGAACGGUUAUCGGUAUAACGCUACGAAUCAGGUUUGCGACGACGUGAACGAGUGCAUAGAAAAAGGAUCGUGCCCUGGUCAAUGUGAAAACACUAUAGGCUCUUAUAUAUGCUCGGCGAAAAAUCUGCUCGGAAACAUACCUUACGAAGAUUGUCCAGCUGGAUACCAAUGGGAACCUGCAACAAACCUCUGCACAGAUAUCGACGAAUGUAAUUUAUUACCAGAACCGUGUCCUAGCGACAAAAAUUUUUGCGUCAAUACACAAGGUAGCUUCAGUUGCCUCGAAAUGAAAGGAAUCAAAUCCUGUCCAGCAGGAUUCAAGUUCGAUAAAUUAUCCCAGCAAUGCAAAGAUGUGAACGAAUGCGAAGAAGGUAUUCACAGUUGUCUCGAGGGCACAGAAGUAUGUCGGAAUAUCGAGGGCGCUUACGAAUGCGAUAUAAAAUGCAAGAAAGGAUUCACGUAUAACAUCAAUUUCGGCAAUUGCACCGACGUGGACGAGUGCGUCGGGAAUCCUUGUUUGGGAACGAAUACCACGUGUAAAAAUACAAUAGGGAGUUACGAAUGCACACGGGCCUUGAAUAAAUCUUUGAUUCGCUCUUCGCUCGACCAAACGACAGAAUUGUCAAUUUGCACCGCUGGAUACAAGUCAACGAACAAUCCCACGGAAUCCUGCACCGACGUUGACGAAUGUAAAGAGCAGUUGCACUCUUGCGACCUGGACGAACAAUGUAUCAACGAAAUCGGUAGUUACAGAUGCGAAUUAUUGUACGAAGAGAACUCCAGUUUGGACGAGAAGGAGAAAACUGAUGAUGAUUUCUCGUACGGUAGAGGAUACAAACCUCAAAUUACAAUCGAGGCUUCGACGCCGGUUUCUAAAGUUCGUAACGCGACGCUGAUUUGCGAGUCGGGGUUCAUUUUCGACCAACUAAACCGGGACUGUAUCGAUAUCGACGAGUGUAGCAACGGUUUAUCGAACUGUGGCAUCGGUGAACAGUGUGAAAAUUUUGAGGGAGGAUACGGAUGCUCUGUAGCAGCGUGUCCCCUUGGUUUUCAGCUACGUAAUAAUAGCGAUUACUUUAGCAGUGUCGACGAGUCUUGCAAGGAUAUAAACGAAUGUGUACUUGGAUUACAUUCUUGCAACUCGUCGACUCAUUAUUGCGUUAAUACGCAUGGUUCUUACUCUUGCGAGUCGUUUACGACAACUACAACUACAACUACAACUACAACUACAACCGCAACUAGGACAAAGAAACCUUUCUAUGCUGCAACGAGUAAUAAAGUACAGAAUGUCGGCCGUUUGUCGUCUCUGGAGGCCUGUAAGCGCGGUUACGCGAGGACAUUGGAUACCGGGGAAUGCACGGACGUCGACGAGUGCGUCUCAGGACCGGGUUGCCGGGAUUACGAACAGUGUCGCAAUAUACCGGGCGGCUACGAAUGUUCGCCACUUUGUACCACCGGUUGGUACUUUAGCACAGCGACGAAAGGCUGCCAAGACGUCGACGAGUGUCUUUUGGGCAGGCACGAUUGUCACCAGGGUACACACAGAUGCAUCAACACAAAUGGUUCUUUCUUUUGCGAAUUGAUACCAGCUUGCAGCGCGGGUUUUAAACGUUCCUUUAGCGGGGUUUGCGUCGACGUCGACGAGUGCUCGGAAAACAUGCACAACUGUCGAUUAGAGUUGCAUCAGUAUUGCGUGAAUAAAAACGGCACUUUCGAAUGCCUUACGAGGUUACCGUUAUGCCAGUCGGGGUACGAGUAUUCUCUGGUUAGCAGACGAUGCAAAGAUAUCGACGAAUGUAGCACCGGCCGAUACAAGUGUGACUCGAAAUCCUUGGAGAAAUGCAUCAAUCUACCUGGAACGUACAGGUGCGAAAGGCCUGCGACGCAGUUUGGCCGUCAGCGUCAGAGACCAGCCUGCCCUUCCGGUUACAGAUACCACCCCCGAUUAAGAAAAUGCACAGAUGUAGACGAGUGCGCGGAGGGUUUGGACGUCUGCGAGGGCGAGGUUUGUUACAACCAGCCGGGCGGUUACAGUUGCGCCAAGCCUCCGGUGCCGAUCACCAGGAAACCGACCACGGUCACGGUCACGGUCACGUUGCCAGUAUCGGCGAACCAGAAGUGCGCCGACGGUAGCAAAUUCGUGAGGAAUCGCGGCUGCGUCGACAUCGACGAGUGUCGCGAAGUAGAAGACGUGUGCACCAGCAACGAACAAUGCGUGAAUACGAUAGGGAGUUACAGUUGCAAUUGUAAGAUCGGCUACAGACGCGAUAAUCUCACCCAAGCUUGCGUGGACAUCAACGAAUGUCAAAUACAGGAAGACAGUUGUUUGCCAACGCAAAGGUGCGACAAUACCAUUGGAAGUUACACCUGUACGCGAUUUUUACCGUGCGGUACAGGAUACACUUUGAACGCCGCCACCGAGAUCUGCGAGGACGACGACGAAUGUAGCCUUGGCACUCACGAUUGCGGGGAUGGUUAUCAUUGCAGAAACACGCUCGGUUCUUACCGGUGCGAUCGCAAUCCGCGUAUGCCGGCCCCACAGCCACGAACAGCGGUUGCAACCACCGCCAAGACAACCACACCGAUCACGACCACGACCACGACCACGACCACGACCAAUUCUUCGUUCAAGCCCCCCCAAUGGCCGCACACUUGCCCCGUCGGAUUCGAGCUCGGUUCUGGAAACAUAUGUUUCGAUGUAGACGAGUGCCAACAGAAUCCAAAUCCUUGCGGCAGAGCGAUGCUGCGUUGCGUCAAUACGGUGGGAUCUUACAAGUGUGCAUCGAGAGUGAUAUGCAGCAACGGAUACACUUUGGACCCGUUGUCGGGGCAAUAUUGCGUGGACAGGGACGAGUGCAAAGAUGGUAGCCACGAAUGUGCUCCGGAUCAAAGUUGCGAGAACAGAUUGGGUGGAUACGUUUGCGUGUGCCCGGCUGGACACGUAAACGGACCGAACAAGGACUGUGUGGACAUUGACGAGUGCAGUGUUUAUAGUAAUAUAUGCGGACCGAACAGCCAAUGCGAGAACACCGUUGGCUCUUAUCGAUGCAGCUGCGAGAGUGGCUUCGAAAAUGUUGCUGGUUACAACGGUGCUUGCCAAGACGUCGACGAGUGUCUGCGGACCCCCGGUUUAUGCCAACACGCGUGCAUAAAUGUUUGGGGUAGCUACAGAUGCAGCUGCAAACCUGGAUUUAGGUUAAACGCGGACAAUCGUUCUUGCACGGACGUUGACGAGUGCACGGAAUUCAAAAGCAAUAAUCUCUGCGUAGGAAUUUGCGAGAACACGCCGGGAAGUUAUGGUUGCAAAUGCCCGGACGGUUACAGACUCGGUCUCGACGGCCGUUCUUGCGAAGAUAUCGACGAAUGCAGCACGGGGACCGUAUGUAGAGGGGCCGACGAGAUUUGUCAUAAUACCAGAGGCAGCUUUCGCUGCAACAGAAUAAAUUGCCCUGCGGGAUAUCACCGGGACCAUGAACGAAAAAAUCGUUGCGUGCGAACGUGGCCUUGUCAGAUAAACAACGCAGCCUGCAUGAGAUCGCCGGCCCAUUAUUCCUACAAUUUCAUUACUCUUGUGAGCAUGUUGCCGAUAUCGGCCAACAAGCCGGAGGAAUUAUUUAAGAUGAAAGGGUACCAUUUAUCGAAUUCUGCGAUGCAAUUCAGCAUGGCGUUCGUGGAAGCACGUGCCCCGCCUGGCGUUCAACGCGCGACCGAAUCGUGUUUCGCUUUGAGAAGACCGGCGCCGACGCAAGCUGUCUUGGUAAUGACACGAAGCAUACAAGGCCCGCAAGAAAUCGAACUCGAUCUGAGCAUGGAAGUGUACCACAACACGAUCUUCGCCGGAAGCGCGGUAGCCAAGAUCCUCAUUUUCGUCUCUCAAUACGAAUUUUAAAAGCUUUUAAAACAUUUUUAUUUUACACGCGCGUCAAUUUAAUAUACAUAUGUAUGUAUACAUACUUACAGGAACG